AAUAGACACACCAACACACACGUUUUUCGAUCGAUCAAAUAUAUAUACAUUCAAUCAUCUAUCUUAUAUUUAAUUGAUUGAUAGAUAAUUUAAUUAAAAUUUUGAUGGCGGAACCGGUGGAGCUUCCUAAUCGGAUUGGUAUUCUUCCAUUUAGAAACAAAGUGUUGUUGCCUGGUGCUAUUAUUCGUAUUCGAUGCACUUCACCUAGCAGUGUAAAAUUGGUUGAACAAGAAUUAUGGCAGAGAGAGGAGAAAGGUUUGAUUGGUAUUUUGCCGGUUCGAGAUGCUGCAGAAACGUUAUCGGUGGGUUCGGUGUUGACACAAGGGACUGAUUUGGGAGAUAGAAGCUCAAAAACUGUGUCGGAUUCUCAUAAGCUUGACGGGAAAAGUCAACAAGAACCUAUUCAUUGGCAUACAAGGGGCGUUGCUGCUCGUGCAUUACAUUUGUCGAGAGGAGUUGAAAAACCGAGUGGGAGGGUUACGUACACAGUUGUUCUUGAAGGUUUAUGCAGAUUUAGUGUCCAGGAGCUUAAUAUGAAAGGAGCUUACUCCACUGCUAGAAUCUCCCCUCUUGAUAUGACAAAGGCUGAGAUGGAACGAGUUGAACAAGACCCAGAUUUUAUAACCCUUUCUCGUCAAUUCAAAGUAACAGCCAUGGAGCUUAUUUCAGUUCUUGAGCAGAAACAAAAAACUGGUGGGAGAACUAAAAUUCUUCUAGAAACUGUCCCUCUGCACAAACUGGCAGACAUUUUUGUUGCAAGCUUUGAGAUUAGUUUUGAAGAACAGCUGUCUAUGCUAGAUUCUGUUGACGUCAAAGUAAGGCUUUCCAAAGCCACAGAAUUAGUUGACAGGCAUUUACAGUCUAUACGUGUGGCAGAAAAGAUAACCAAAAAGGUUGAAGGACAGCUGUCAAAAUCACAAAAGGAGUAUCUUCUCCGUCAGCAGAUGAGGGCUAUUAAAGAAGAGCUUGGUGACAAUGAUGAUGAAGAUGAUGAUGUAGCUGGUCUUGAAAGAAAAAUGCAAGCUGCUGGGAUGCCUCCAAAUGUCUGGAAGCAUGCACAGAGAGAACUAAGGAGACUGAAGAAAAUGCAACCUCAGCAACCUGGAUAUAACAGUUCUCGUGUUUAUCUUGAGCUUCUUGCUGAUCUGCCAUGGCAGACCACCAGUGAAGAAGUAGAGUUGGACCUAAAAGCUGCAAAAGAGCGGCUCGACAGUGACCACUAUGGUUUAGAGAAGGUCAAACAACGGAUAAUCGAAUAUCUAGCUGUUCGCAAGCUGAAGCCAGAUGCAAGAGGUCCGGUGUUAUGCUUUGUGGGUCCACCAGGAGUUGGGAAAACAUCCUUGGCAUCAUCUAUUGCUGCUGCUCUUGGCAGAAAGUUUGUGCGGAUUUCACUUGGUGGUGUGAAAGAUGAGGCUGAUGUUAGAGGGCAUCGGAGGACAUACAUUGGAAGCAUGCCAGGGCGGCUCAUUGAUGGUCUAAAGAAAGUUGCUGUUUGCAAUCCGGUUAUGUUGUUGGACGAGAUUGAUAAAACAGGAUCUGAUGUCCGUGGUGACCCUGCUUCCGCAUUACUGGAGGUUCUUGACCCGGAGCAAAAUAAAACUUUCAACGAUCACUAUUUGAAUGUUCCUUUUGACCUGUCAAAAGUGAUAUUCGUGGCAACUGCUAAUAGGGCACAACCAAUCCCUCCACCACUCUUGGACAGGAUGGAAGUCAUUGAACUUCCUGGAUAUACACCUGAAGAGAAGCUUAAAAUAGCAAUGCGCCAUCUCAUCCCGCGUGUUUUAAAUCAGCAUGGCUUGAAUUCCGAAUUCCUCAAAAUUCCAGAGGCAAUGGUGAAACUUAUUAUUCAAAGGUACACAAGAGAAGCUGGAGUGAGGAACCUAGAGAGAAACCUUGCAGCUUUAGCUCGUGCAGCAGCAGUAAGAGUGGCUGAGCGAGAACAUACGGUUCCACUAAAUAAAGAUGUGCACCAAAUUUCUUCACCAUUGCUGGAGAGUAGACUAGCUGAAGGUGGCACUGAUGUAGAAAUGGAGGUCAUAUCCAUGGAUGUUAACAAUCAUGAGCUAUCAAGUUCAAGUUCAUUCAGGGUUAUGUCACCUCUAGUUGUUGACGAAGAUAUGCUAGAAAAAGUAUUAGGGCCUCCUAAGUUUGAUGAUAAAGAAAUGGCAGAGAGAGUGUCAACUCCUGGGGUUUCUAUAGGGCUAGUCUGGACAUCCUUUGGUGGAGAAGUCCAGUUCGUUGAGGCUACAUCAAUGGUGGGUAAGGGGGAUCUGCACCUUACCGGGCAAUUGGGUGAUGUUAUCAAAGAAUCGGCACAAAUAGCAUUGACUUGGGUACGAGCUAGGGCAGCAGAGCUUAACUUGGCUUCUGCAGAAGAAAAUAAUCUUCUUGAAAGGCGAGAUGUCCAUAUACAUUUCCCUGCUGGAGCGGUCCCUAAAGAUGGACCUUCAGCUGGUGUGACGCUUGUUACUUCACUGGUUUCACUUUUCAGCCGUAAACGGGUAAGAUCAGAUACAGCGAUGACCGGAGAGAUAACUUUGCGAGGUUUGGUUCUACCUGUUGGUGGGGUCAAGGAUAAGGUCUUGGCGGCACAUCGUUAUGGGCUUAAGAGAGUUAUCCUGCCAGAGAGAAAUUUAAAAGACUUGGUUGAAGUACCUGCAGCUGUUCUUGGAAGUAUGGAGAUACUACUGGCCAAGAGAAUGGAAGAUGUACUGGAACAUGCCUUUGAAGGUGGUUGCCCCUGGAGACAACAUUCAAGACUUUGACAUCAUCUAUGAUCUAACAUAUCUAUACUCCAAGUUUUCAACAUACUCGCAGAAAUCGUUGACUGCUAAACAUGGAAACGAGAGGAUCACGGGUGAUAUAGAUAGUAUAUCUUUCUUUAUUGCCCACUCGUAUGUAUUUUAUAGUGUUUUUACACGCUGUAUGUUCCAUGCAAGUACUUUUACUCGGUUUACAUGUCUUAAUGUGGUCAAGUCCUCGGUAUAUAUCUGUAAUUUUCAAAUAUAUAUAAUAUAUAGCACACUUCCGAAA